GGCGGCCGGGAGAGAGAGCGCGCGAGCGAGCGAGCGAGGGGGUCUCGCCGGCGCCCCACUGCGCCCCACGGAGGGCGACCCCAGCGGCAGGGGGCUUCCUCAGCCGGCGAGGUGAGCCGCCCGCCCGCCCGCCCGCCUCAAAGCGGGUUACACAAGGGCGAAGCAGCCCUGGAGUCGAGGAGGACUCGCGGGAGAAGUUCAAGCCCCGAGGCAGAUGUCAGUCACCUCAGCUCCCUUAGCUUCUGAGGCGGCUUGUCCGAACAGGAAGGCGUUACCACGAGGGUGUACCUGGAUUCACACGUGCACAGCCGGCACUCGUGUGUGUCCCCAUAUACACACUGCUGAGAGGUGAUCUUAAUCUUGUCCCCACGAGAAGCUCUCGCACCAAGAAAGCUCGGCUGGUUCUAUGAAAUAGGAGUGACAAAGCGCUGGCACCACGCCCGGGGGGCGCCCACAAAAUCCUUGCUGGCCUCUGCCCCCUCUGCAGGCCCCAGCCCAUAUGGGGGCCAGAGCGCGGGGCCGGCCGGCCGUGUGACAGCAGGCUGCCGCUGCAUUUCCAGAAGAUCAGCCAAGACCAAGUCUGGUUUCCUUAAAUAUAUCUGUUGGUCUCUUUGAGGCUUUUUGCGACCCCUCUUCUUGGUUCUGUACAAAUCCUUUCAAGGAGUUUUGAUAUGUAAAACUUCCAACAGGAUUCCUUUAGAUUUACUUUUGUUUGAUUACUUGUUUCAGGAAAUUAUACUUUUGUUGUAAUUUUAGGUCCGGCUUAAGGUGAAGAAAUGCUUUUUGCAAGUCUAAUUUCAAGUAGAAAGUGCCCCUCCAAUAAUAGUAAUGGCAUGUUUGACAUGUUUUUCAUUCACACUGAUAUAAGUAAAAAACCUCCUUUUCCCUUGGGGUACCCAAGAGCCCAUAUAGAUUCCUUUUUAUAGGUUCCCUAUUGGUAGGAGAACAUAACAGAGGCCAACCAGAGAAUAUUGAGAAGCAAGGCAGCUAGUAAGCCUGAUCUUUAUUAAAGCUGUUGCAACAGGGUUCUCCCCACACGCAUGGGGGGUGGGGAGCACAAGCGUGCAAGCCCUUAUAUAGACUUUUUAAAUUGCCCACCUUCAAACUCUAGACCACCCCCAGAAACAUCAUACAUACAUCACAGAAGGGGUGGUCUAAAACAGAAUCCUGAGUGUGUUGUUUAUCUCCUGUCUGGCAAGUUACCUGAUUGCAUUAUUUGAGUUUUGGCCACUCUUGUUAUUAAAGUAAAGGUAAAGGUACCCCUGACCAUUAGAUCCAGUCGCGGACGACUCUGGGGUUGUGGCACUCAUCUCGCUUUAUAGGCCGAGGGAGCCGGCAUUUGUCCGCAGACAGCUUCUGGGUCAUGUGGCCAGCAUGACUAAGCUGCUUCUGGCGAACCAGAGCAGCGCACGGAAACGCCGUUUACCUUCCCACCUGGAGCGGUACCUAUUUAUCUACUUGCACUUGAAGUGCUUUCGAACUGCUAGGUGGGCAGGAGCAGGGACCGAGCAAUGGGAGCUCACCCCGUCACGGGGAUUCGAACCGCCGACCUUCUGAUUGGCAAGCCCUAGAACCUAGGUCACAGGCUCACGCCCUGUUCAUAUCUUGAAUGUGCCCUUAACACUGGAUUUGUGAGGACAGGAUUUGUGAGGAAAGAGACAAUGGGGAGGUUUUCCACUUUGAUGUUGCAGAGAAGUAUUUGAGGUCAAUUUAUUCAGGACCUUUUCUGCGGUGUUUCAGACAUAUGGUUUAUAUAUACAGUUAUGAACAUUUCACCCACAUUUAAAAUGGCACAUUGUUAGCUAUUUUAGGUCAGUAUACCCUGCAAUUAGGGAUGCGGGUGGUGCUGUGGUCUAAAGCACAGAGCCUAGGGCUUGCCGAUCAGAAGGUCAGCGGUUCAAAUCCCUGUGACGGUGUUUCCGUGUGCUGCUCUGGUUCGCCAGAAGCGGCUUAGUCCUGCUGGCCACAUGACCCGGAAGCUGUCUGCGGACAAAUAUCGGCUCUCUCAGCCAGUAAAGCAAGAUGAGCACCGCAACCCCAGAGUCGUCCACGACUGGACUUAACGGUCAGGGGUACCUUUACCUUUACGCUGCAAUUCUUUUUAGUUCCCUUUUAUAUAUUUCCUUAUUCAUAUUAUUUUAGCAUCAAGGAGUAAGCGCAUAAAAAUAUGUACAGAAUCCCAAAGAGCUCAGGGAGUAUCUAUUCAACAGAAGACUCUAAUGAAGCAAACAAUGGCUGUAACAAUGAGACCUCAGACUCUGACACCCAACAACUUUUGGAGAGGUAUGCAUGAUUUUGAAUAUUAACUAAUUUAUUUCAGUAUUCAAGAAACAUACAAUAUGACAAAUGUGGUGAAAUGUUCUCUCUUUAUUCUUCCCAAAUAGCUGUCCAGCUGUAGUAGCUUGGGGUUGGGGACUGCAUGGCACAGACAUUACUUUGUAUGUCAUGUUAUUUAAGGAUAUUAAAUCUAUUACAUGUAUUUACUUAUAUAUAUUUAAUUAAAUAUUUUAAAUAGCAUUAACUAUAACACAAACACUUUAAUUUACAAUAUGGAAAUUUAAUUCAGUGUGUGGCUUUCAUGCUCUUGUGUCUGAGAGGUUGCACCGCCCUGCUAUAGAUAGUGGAUAAAAAACUUGUUUUCCUUUCUAAUUAUUUAUUUAUAUUUCUUAUACAGUGGUGCCCCGCAAGACGAAUGCCUCGCAAGACGAAAAACUCGCUAGAUGAAAGGGUUUUGCGUUUUUUGAGUCGUUCCGCAAGACGAAUUUCCCUAUGGGCUUGCUUCGCACGACGAAACGUCUUGCGAGUUUGUUUCCUUUUUCUUAAAGCCGCUAAGCCGUUAAUAGCCGCUAAGCUGUUAAUAGCCGCUAAGCCGCUAAUAGCCGCUAAGCCGCUAAUAGCCGUGCUUCGCAAGACGAAAAAACUGCAAGACGAAGAGACUCGCGGAACGGAUUAAUUUCGUCUUGCAAGGCACCACUGUAAUGUCUGUGUUAGCAUCCAAGAUGCCAUGAAACAAUGUAGAAAUAUCAAAAGCAAUACAUAGGUAAAGACAGGUAAAAUUAGUCCAAUAAAACAGAACCUCCUCAUAAUUUAGAAGCUGGGGUCAUUCAGUGAAGCUCAUUCAGGUUCAGGACAGACAAAAAUUGUGACCUGUAGAUUAAAUGGAUUUUAAAAAGAACGGAAUAAGCUUAGCCUUUCAGGGAUGUACCAGCCAUAGCAGCUAAAUUAAUCUGUGUGUAUAGAAGCAGUAUAUUCUGAACAGCAGAUGCUGAGGAUGAACAUCACCUUCAUGCCCUGCUUAGGUUCUUCCAGAAGCAUUGGAACACAAGACUUUUGGUCAAAUCCACCUGGGCAUUUCUUGAGCUCUAACACUUUUUUCAUUUUGUAGUUUGUCCCAAGGAAAAAAAUCACCUUGCAGCUGCACCAACAGCCACCCUCUCUUCUCUCAUAAAGGGAAAAAUGUUCAGUGUCCAUGCCCACCCAAGAGUAAGUUCAGUUGUAGUUAUUACUCACUUAUAAGGGGGCUUUUGCAUUUUUUAUGGUUUGUGAACCCAGAUGUUGAACCAACAUGUUGACAAGAUUUCCUUCACUAUUUCACAUCCUCCAGUCCUGUGUAACAAACAAAAAAUACCAAAGCAUAAUAAGAAAAAAAUGAUUCAAAAUGGUCAGGUUGACUAAAUUAAAGUAGUUUGUCCCUUGAAACAGUGUUUCUUUUUGCUUUUAUCCUUUUAUUUCGAAAUAAUAUUUUUAGAAGCUCAAGAGCUCAUUUUGUGACUCUGUUCUAAAGUCAUAUUGGGCCACUACAAUUCCAUAUUUUCUUUUUUUAUCCAAAUUUACUGUCUAUUUUCAUAAUGCUAUGGGUUUGCAGCAUUUCUGUGGGGGAGUUGGUUGACAUAAACUUUCAUAUUUUUUUCUGGUGUCUAAAGAGUUUAAUCUUGGAUUUUGUUUUGUUUUUCAAAUCUUGAUUAAAGAGGCUAAUAAACAUUAGUUCAAACAGCUUGUCAAUACAACAGCAUGAUUGAAAAUGGAGAACAUUUCUUUUGAAAUAAUUGCAUUGAGGUUACAUACUGAAGAAUGGAUCUGUGUUGGAUAAGGGCAAUAAAUACAAUUAGAAUUUCACAGAAAUAAGAGAUUCUUCAGCUGUGGGAAAAUUACAUUUCCCAUACUUGACUCCCGUUAUAGGUUAGCUUUGCUAUAUCUUUUCAAUUUAUAAAAAACAAAUUGUAAAUUAUGUUCCAGUAAUUUUCACUAGUAUGUCUGUAAUAUAAGGUGUGAUCUCAUGAAAGUUAAGCACAUUCAAUUCCUAUUGAUUUCAAUAUACCCCCUCCCCAUUUUCCUGGAAAACUGCCAGCAAGUAUGGUCUUAACAAAUUAACUGCAUCUGCUGAAUAAAUACGACCAAUACAGCAAACAUGAAAUUGCAUAGCAUGAGCUUUGUAAAGUCAUUCUAACGAUGUGUUGCAUUGUUUAAUUGUCCUCUUGUGUGUAUUUCCCAGAAAGUUUCACUAGACUCAUCUGUAAUUUGAUAGGGCUGAGCCUAAUAACUCCAUUUUGCUUAGUGAAAAGAGUCUGCAUCACUUUAUCAAGGUAAAUAUGAGGGGCGGGAAUGUUUUCUGAAUAACAAACUGAAAAAAGGCUGCAAUCCUAACCCCAUUUUCCCAGGAGUAAGCCCCACUUUGCCAUGUGUUAGCACCAUGCCGCUGUGCCAUUUUUGUACUUUGCAAGGUAUUAAUAUUGGUGAUACAUUGCACUGCACUGAUGUACCAGUACAAAGGGGGACUGACAAAGGAGUAAGCAAUACCUGGUUCCUCAGUUUGAGUCCUCCACCUGCACAGAGAUAUCCACAGGAACGAACAAUGAUGCAUGCUUAUUCUUAUUUAUUGAAUUUAUAUACUACUGUAUAUAAAGAGGUCUCAUGGCAGUUCACAGAAAAGAGCAACAUAAAAACCACAGUAUAUAUAAUCAAAAUAAAAACAACAACCCAAUAACACCCCCCCACACACACACCAAAAAAGAACCACAAUUUAAAAGAGCAUCGGAUGUCAAUCAGAUCAACCAAAGGCCUGGUUAAAAAGAAACGUUUUUGCCAGGCACCUCAAGGUGUACAAUGAAGGCACCAAGUGAACUUCCCUGGGGAGAGCAUUCCACAACUGGGGAGCCACUGCAGAGAAGGCCCGUUCUCGUGUUGCCACCCUCCGGACCUCUUGAGGAGGAGGCACAUGAAGAAGGGCCUCAGAAGAUGAUCUCAGGGUUCGGGUAGGUUCAUAUGGAAACAGGCGGUCCUUGAGGUAUUGUGGUCCUGAGCCUUUUAAGGCUUUAUAGGUCAAAACCAGCACUUUGAAUUGGCCCAGAAACUAAUUGGUAGCCAGUGCAAUUGGACCAGGAUCGGUGUAGUAUGCUCAAGCCAUCUUGCUCUGGUGAGCAACCUGGCCGCUGAAUUCUGCACUAACUGAAGUUUCCGAACCGUCUUCAGAGGCAGCCCUACUUAUAACACAUUUCAGUAAUCUAACCUUGAGGUUACCAGAACGUAGACAACAGUAGUUAGGCUGUCCCUGUCCAGAUAGUGGCGUAGCUGGGCCACCAGCCGAAGCUGAUGGAAGGCACUCUGGGCCACUGAGGCCAGCUGAGUCUCAAGGAUCCAGGAGGACCCCCAAGCUAUGAACCUGCUCCUUCAGAGCAAGUGUAACCCCAUCAAGAGCAAGUGAUCUCCCACCCAUCUGGUCUAGGGAACCACCCACUAACAGUGCCUCAGUCUUAUCUGGAUUGAGCUUCCCUUUGUUGGCUCUCAUCCAGUCCAUGACCGAGGCAAGACACUGAUCCAGCACUUCCACUGCAGAUGUAAAGGAGAAACAGAGCUGAGUGUCAUCAGCAUACUGCUGACAAUGUACUCCAAACCUCCGGAUAACCCCACCCAGCGGUUUCAUGUAGAAGUUAAACAACAUGGGGGAUAGGAUUGAGCCCUGCGGAACCCUAAAUUGAAGGUUCCACGGGGCUGAAAAGCACUCCCCAAGUCACACCCUCUGGGAACAACAUCCAAGUAGGACUGGAACCACCGCAAAGCGAUGCCAGCCACCCCUAGUUUGGAGAGUCGCUCCAGAUAUAUGCACUUGUGCUGGCCAAUGAAUGCUUUUGUGCAGAAACAGGAUUCAUUCAAAACGGGGGAAAUGUGUUCUGCCAAUUUCUCCAUGAGCUUUUCUAACACUUAAUUGGGGUUGAGAAGGAGGCAGGCUUUAAAAGGUAAAGGGAACUUCUCCAGGUUGCAUCCACUAACUCUAUUUCACUAUCAAGCUAGAUGCCUCUAAACUGUCACUAUUUUGCAGGAGAUUGAAGUGCAUACCAGGAAAUUUAGAUUUGAACAGUUAAAGCACUGUCUCCUGUCUCCACAUUUUUUAAAAAAGAAGCAGGAAAGUGGUGAGGAAAUACAUUGACAAGUGUAGAAUGAACAAAUGAUAAAUGGAAAUGUAAAAACACCCCACCAGAAAAUCAGAAUGAAUGUUCAUUGUUGUAUAACCUCCCUGCAAACAAAUCAAAAUGAAAGCUCAAUAAAGACAGGAUGAGUAAGAUUUGUUCAAGCAAAUCGGAGUGAAUGCUUAAAAAAUCUGGAGGAGCCAUCUUAUUGAAAUUAGAACCCGAUUAUUGUACAGUAUACCUGAAAGCAGUAAACAGCAUCAAGCCCAUAAUAGAACCAACAGUCUGGGCAUUCUGGGGUGUCUAAGUUGGAGUAGCUAACUUAGCUGUUUGUUCAAAGUUUCAUAUGACUAGAAUGUAAUUCUAGAAUAAUUCUCUUGUUUUGCAGGGCGAGCUCUGCUCAGAAAGUUGUGUCUUGGGUGACCCUGUUCCUACUGUUUUUUGGUGCGCUUCUUCCUACGGGGCUAAGUAUACACUGAGUAUGCACUGGUGUACAUUAUGGCUAGCCAUGUUUACAAGGACAUAAGAUUCACAUAAUUCAGUGGAACUUACUGUACUAGUCUAUGCUGGACGUGGAUGGCACUGUAGUCUAAACCACUGAGCCUCUUGGGCUUGCCGAUCGGAAGGUUGGUGGUUCUAAUCCCCACGAUGGAGUGAGCUCCCGUUUCUCUGGCCUAGCUUUUGCCAACCUAGCAAUUCGAAAGCAUGCCAGUGCAAGUAGAUAAAUAGGUAUCGCAGUGGCAGGAAGGUAAAUGGCAUUUCCAUGUGCUCUGGGUUCCGUCACAGUAUUCCAUUGUGCCAGAAAUGGUUUAGUCCUGCUGGCCACAUGACCUGGAAAGCUGUCUGGACAAACGCCAACUCCUUCAGCCUGAAAGCGAGAUGAGCGCCGCAACCCCAUAGUCGCCUUUGACUGGACUUAACCAUCCUGGAGUCCUUUACCUUUACCUUUCACUAGCCUAUGCACGUCUGUUCGCAAGUAACUCCCAGUGGGGCUUACUCACUAUGAAGUGUGUUUAGGAUUGCAGGUUUGUCAGCAUGCUGAGGAUAGUAACCUUAAAUUGAUGGGCACAAAGAGGACUUUGGUUACCUGUCCUUCUAUGUACUAGCUAUUACUCAUGUGAUUUAAUAACAUGUUUUAUAGAGCAGGGAAUGGAAAGUUGGAGUUACUGUGAAAUGUCUUUCUGGUCAGCAUAGAAUGGCACAUACAUGAAUGAAUUAACUCAUCUUCUAGAGGCAGGCUAAUUUUUUAAAAAAAUAAAAAAUUGCUAAGACCAGCCAGAAUGGGAGGUGGCCUUCCUGUAAUCGCCAGAUAUGAGCAAAGCUGCUAGCGGCAGGUAGAGGACAGCAGAGUUGUCAUGGGGAGCCCUGUCUGACCUUUCCAGAGUACUGUGCAAAUGCAGAUUGAGAGAAGCUGCCCCCUAAUCCUAGGUUUGACCUAGGUGGGGUGCGUACAAGGUGGAGCUGACAGGAACAGGAUGUAAACCAGUUUUCAUCUGCUGCUCCAUGUGGGAGGAGAACCUAAGCCACAACCCACUGGAACAUCUUCCUGCCGGAAGCUGCUUCUGCAGAAGCACAUUUGUCCACUUAAGCGAAGGUGGACAGGUGAGCCCAGGUGAUUGCCCUGCAUAUAGAUUCUAGCGGGGUGCAGGUGUGUAAAGGUGUGGUGGUGAUUCCACACACUAAGUGAUAUUGAUGCCUGUUGGAGGACCCUGGGCUUUUGCCUGGUAUGCAAGCAUGAUUCGGUCCCUGCCUGACCUGCUGAUAGUGUCAAGGUACCUUCCUACUCAGGGACUCCUGUUUGAAGGAGGCAGACAAGGAUUCUGAUUUUCUUAAGGGCUCUGUGUAAGUCAGGUACACCCUGAGGCCCCGCCUGAUGUCCAGUGUAUGCCAUUUCCUUCCCUCAUGGUGAAUUGGGUGGAAAACAAUUUGGGUGACAUGAUGGCCUUAUUCUUAUGAAAGGAAAAGUCUAAAAGUCUACUUUUGUUAAGAAGUUGAGUUAUGGUUCAAGGCUACCCUGAGUAGCAUGUGCAGAUAGCAACUGGCUUAAGAACCCCCUUUGGCUCCCUGGCUACGCAAAGGGAUUUGAACUCUAUUCUCCACAGUCCUGACCCAGUACUCAGUCUAGUUACCUUAACUCUGAUUUCGGCUAGUGCUGAUGAGAGAGCCUUUGUUCUUGCCUGGCUUCUGCAUUCUUAACCCCUGCACUGCUCCAAGUGUUUUACUUGGGAACACAAUGUGUGAAAUAAAAGAAACAGAUAAAGCCAUGUUAUGGGUUAGCUAACCUACCCAUGUAGCAGCGCUUUUUUCAGGAGGUACUGCAACAACUUCAUGGUUAGUGCUGGCACCUAUUUUUCUAGAAAAAAAUCACCGCCAUGUAGGAUGACAUACUGAGAUUGUUGCCAUGUUUAAUCUGCUGAGAAGGAAGAGAAUAAUCAAUUUGUUAAUACAAAGAGGGUUUUUAUUACUAUUAUUAAUAGGUGCUACCUACAUGGGACUAUUUGAUGGAAAUAAAUUUCAGAUUUUUGGAGAAGAAUGGAGGGACUUCUCUAUUUGUGAUCUCAUCCAGGUGAUUUUUUGUUUUGCUUUGUUACAACAAUCUCCCUAGGUAAAAUAUGAGAUAUUAUAGAGCACAAAUUAUGUUUAUGCAUUAUCUCAUUUCAAUUGGCAGCCAGAACAAAUGCUGUCCUUGAAGGUUUCACAGAUAGAAUGUCUUAUGAUCUCUUUUGUGUUGAGAGUAGGAUUACACCUUUUUCUAAUCCUGCAUCUGUUUCAUAGAACCAUAAGGGACCCCAAAGUUAUCGAGUCCAACCCCCUGCUAUGCAGAAAUCUCAACUAAAGCAUCUAGCAUACCUAAGCCAGUGAAGCAGGGCUUUUUUUCCAGCCGGAGCUCACUAGAGCUCAACUCUGGCACCUCUCAAGUGGGUGCCAUUGCCGUUCUAAAAGAACAAGGGGGAAGUUCAUGGUGAGCUCCAGCAACUCUUUCUUUCGAAAAAUAGCACUGCAGUGAAGCUUUUUCUGACUUCAUGCCAGGGACAGCUUACCAGCUUAUGUCAGUUUAAAUGCAUAAGAGCAGGGCCAGUAAAAAAGGUGGCGACCCUAAUUUUGGCAAAACCAAAGAUUUCCAGCUUGGCUAAUAUUAGGGAGUCUCAUCCUCAGAGCACCUUACCUUUGUGAGCAUUCAGUGAUGCUUCCAUUAGCUUUUUUUUUAUCACGUUUGUACUGGCAAGAUCCCUGCACUAAAGGCAGAUUAUAGGUCAGCUGCAGAACCUUCUGAUUUUGAACUUUGAGGAAAUACCUUAGUAAGGGGGUGAAUGCAAUGAGGACUAUCUCCACGGCAGUGGCAUGCGGUCAAUGGACUAGGGGGACUAGCCUAGUCCACUAAAUGUUCCUGGUAAAUUAGAGUAUUAAAAGUAUUAAAGCCUUGAGCCUCCUUCCUAAAGCCCGGGAAACUUCUGCCCAGCUUAGGUAGGGAGUAGGGCUGGGCGAUACCUGGUUUUCAACAUUACGAUAUCUAAAAUAAGGCUGGAGCUAUGUAGAGGUGAACAUGGUGCUGGCAACUGCUAUUACUUAUGGGUAUAACUCUAAAACUGAUAAAAUUUUACUUAACAUAUUGUUACAACUGUUAUGUUAUAGUACUACUGUACCAAUAAUAGUACAUUUUCUCUAAAAUUAAAUUACUGUGGAAGUAAUUAGUAGCAUAGAUACCAAAGGUUCCCUAAAAAUUUAAUUACAUUGCUAAACAAGAAAAAAGCAAAUUCAGUUUCACACUUUUAGAUACUCAAAUAUAAUUCACUAUCGAGUCUUAGUUGAAUGUAUACAUCACACAACACCAGUUAUUUGAUUGUUUGUUAAUUUUCUUUUCUAAACGAGGCCAAAAUAGAAAGAAUGGAAUGGAUAAAUUUUAGCAGAACAAAAUAUAAACAAAAUUUAUAUUUUAAUUGUGAGGAAAAUUUGCAUUUCUUUUAUAAACCAGGCCAAACCGGAAAGCAUGGAUCAAAUUUUACAGAACAAAAUUAUUAAAUGAAAUGUAUUUUAUUUUUUUUUUGCAAGUGAAAUUUGCAUUUUGGUGUUCUGUGGCAGUUGUGAUGCCCUUUGUAUUUGAAGAACAUUGCCAGCCAAGCUGAACACGCUUUCAGAUUGCACACUUGUUCUUGGGAUAGCCAAAAACUUAUUUGCAAGCUCUUUCAACAUUGGGAAGGAUGCCUAAUGCGCCUUCCACCCCAUCCGAGGGCAUUCGUCAAUGUCCACUCUUGGCGUAGCCAUCUAGGAGAAAAUGAGCAGCAUAAGGGGGGGGGGAGACCCAGAAGAGGCUCAAACGCAAAGCGGGGGGGGGGUCCUUUUACUCUGAAGCAACUUGCAAGCCAACAAGCAUCUCAAGAGCGUAUUUCCCUCCUGUUGGCAUCAGGGGAGGGGAGAGCCAAAGACUCACAGAGUUAACUUGGGGCUGGCAGCGUGGGCUGCUUCUACCCCAAAGAAAGGCACACACAACAAACACUGGGUGCCCCCCCCUUUUAUUCUGAAGAAACAUCUGAAAACACAGAGAGAGAGAGAGGCAGGGAAGGCGAAUUGGGGCUCAUUCACAGAGCAAGGAGGGGAGAGAGAUGGAGCUCAAGCAGCCUCUGCGCAGCCCUGGCCUGGCUCCGAAAGAAGCAUCGCUGGGGGAGUCAGGGAGACACCAUCCCACCCCCAAGCAGGACAGUUUUAACAAGGGGGCGGCUGCAGCUUACAGAAAACGAAGUGAGAACUGUUGGCUGGGUUAAUAAAAAACGCCGUGCUUUUAGCCCGGCUGGUGGCUGCGCCCCCCACCCCGCCAUCAGGAGGGGGGCAGACACCCGGACACACAGGCAGGUGGAGGGGGUGGCAGAAGAGGGCCAAAUGCCAAAGGAAGGGGGAGUAAAAGGGGCUCCCGAAGUCUGAAGCUGCCGGCUUGAAGCCAACUCCCAGCCUGGCGCCCUGAAGCAGGAGCCUGGCGGGAAGAAGUCGCUGCUUGCUGGCUGGCUGGCUGGAUGGCCAGGCAGGGAGGCGGAGAGCUAACCGGUUCUCAAAGCUCUGCUGGGCGAUAUUUCACUCAGCCUGCUGCAGUCAUUCAUAGCAAUUUCUUGCUGCUGCGGGAGGCAGGGAAGAGCUGACCGAGGUGGAGUUAGCAUCCACAGGAAGAAGCAUCGGCUUCCUGGUUUUUCCAGUAUUGUGAUUUUUUAAUACCACAAAAAACAUGAUAUGCGAUAAAUUACAAGCACAUUUUUUAAAAAAACGAUUAUCACAAUUUGAUCUAAAACCUAGUAUCGGAUGAUAUAGCACAGCCCUCCUGGGGAGGCAUGAUGCUCCAACGAGGUCCAAGAGCCCUUCUGCAUCCUGUCAGAGGCCUGCCGCCUCCUUCGCAAAGCCCAUGAAGCUUCUGCCCAGCUUAGGGAAGGAGGUGCGAGGCUCAUGCAGGCAUGCAAUAUUGCCCCCCCCAUCACCCUUGCAAGCUGGUGCCUCUGUGACCCUACAAAAAAUUUCACCACACACCACUGCUCUAAGGGCCAAACCAGAUCAGCUAGAUUAAUUCAGUUAGCAUAUUGUUUAGUAUGGCCCAGCAUUUUUUCCUGCACCAAGAUUUUCUGGCAUGGGCUACUUAGAUCUGACCCUACCCAAAAGCCACUGGGUGUUUUGUCUUUGGCAUCAGUGGCUGAAUUAUUUAAAAAUGGGGGGGGGGGGAUUAUAAAAUCCAAUUUAAACAUGUUUACUCAGAAUAAGAGUUAGUUUGCUUAUAUUCCACUUAGAGCUGCUUACCCCUCCAAAGGAUUGUUUAACUUCUCUUAACCUCAACAAAGCUACUGCAUUAGUUGCUUCAAGACCAUUUGCUGGGACCCAAAUGUGCAUAGGAUAUUGGUGUAAUGAGAAGCAUGAGACUCUUAUUUCCAUUAUUUUACUUUCUUGCCUUUGUGCAAUGAUCUCUUUGGUGUAAGCUUGUUUCUAAUUAAACUUGCUUCUCCCCCCCCCCUUUUUUUUAUAUACAGGGUGAAACACAAGAUCUGAGAUCCCUAAUGUAAGAACAAGUUUAAAAUAAUUUGUGUAAAUAUUUGGCAAGUGCCUGUACCUUAUUUCCUUGUCCAUCUGACACACCUUCCCCCUCUCUCCUGGCUCCCACCCAGGGCCUAAACAAACUCACAGCUCACCCACAAAAGUCUCACAAAGAUUAUGAGACUGCCCUCAGGCUGCCCACAGCUAUGUCCCAUUUAGUCAACUGCACUCCCCAUACCCAGGUCUGAAGGGACUUGGUAAGAGGAUAUAUUAAUUAUAUUUUAAUGGGGGGGGGCCUAACAACGAAAGAAUGGCUGGUGCCGGUUUUAAAAACAUGGGGCUAGCACAUAGAGAGCCCUACUAGCAGAGUAUUAAGUCCCAUUGUUAGACAGAUUAAUGAAGCCUAGGAAUAUUAACUUUUUAUUCCAUUCAGCUAUAUGAAGCAGCUGAUUCCCCAUUUCGGCCCCUUUUCAAUGAAACAGACCACAGGCUGCAAAGUAAGUUUAAAAUGCUUUAGUUUCUAGGUCCCAGACAUGCAUCUUUGCUUAUGCAAGAGCAAUAAAAGAAUGCAGGUAACAAUAUUCUUAGAAUUGCAGCAAAGCAGCCUCAGACAGAUGCACUCCAGAACAUAUAUGCACAACUAAAGGAACAGUGUUUUGUAUGGUACUUUCCUCUGUUAUUUUCCCCCAGCAAGGCAAAUAACAUCUUGGAAAGAAAAGCACUUGAAAUUGCACCUCUGAAGGAGCAGGUGAAUAAGUUACAAUUGCGGCUUCAUGAUGUGAGAUCUGGUAUGAAGGACAUUGCCCAUCAUGCUGUCAGUAAAGUACUGGAAGGAUAUACUAGCAAAGGCAUUACAAGAUGGGUAAGAUGAAGUAAUGUGAUUUGUAAACAACUGUCAGACUUUUGUAUCUAUUUUACUCUAAUCAGGAACGACCAACCUACUUGACAACUGUACCAUAAGUUGGAUGCUAACACUAUGCCACUCCAUUGCACACUGCAGCACAUACGCACAACCUUUUGCCUUGUGAUUUCUUAGCUUCCAUCUCAUGAAGCUGAAGAACAAGCAACAUUCCAAGGGAGGGAGGCAAGAGUGUCGGCCUCAUUCUACCUAUGCUAUAGUCAGGCACAAUAACAGAAAUGCCAACGACAACCCUUUAUUAUCUGCACCUUCUAAGGUGCAGGUUGCCUCCCCUGCCCCCCCCCAAUGAAUAAUUACAGUUUUUUGAUUUCUGAAAAACUGCAGUCACAAUUUAAUAUUAUUCUUCAGGUUGCCCAUUGUUUCUUUAAAGUUUUCCUAUUGUGGUAAUGAUAAAUGAAUUAUACCUCUUAUCCAUUGACAGAGUAUUGAAAAGAUGCUUAAAAAACUAAUGGAAAAGCUGGAUGAAGAUGACGUCCAAAUGCCUGACUAUGCCCUCAAAUCAGCAGGUAUUAGAAACAGUUGUUAAACAAACUUGCCCAUGGUAUUUUGGACAUUUUUUGUUAUUCAAACACAGGAGUCUGUCAAUAUCACUGUGAUCAUUACGAUGAUAGUUCUGGUAAGCAGUUUCCACCAGUAAGAUGCAGUAUUCUGCCCUUAAAUUGGGAGGGCAAGGCCUGCUGACAUUUUCCUGAUUAUUAUUAUUAUGCAUUACUAACAGACCGACUAGGGACACGGGUGGCGCUGUGGGUAAAACCUCAGUGCCUAGGACUUGCUGAUCCCAAGGUCGGCGGUUCGAAUCCCCAUGGCGGGGUGAGCUCCCGUCGUUCGGUCCCAGCUCCUGCCCACCUAGCAGUUCGAAAGCAUGUCAAAGUGCAAGUAGAUAAAUAGGUACCGCUCCGAUGGGAAGGUAAACGGUGUUUCAAUGUGCGGCGCUGGUGCUGGCUCGCCAGAUGCCGCUUAGUCACGCUGGCCACGUGACCCAGAAGUGUCUCCGGACAGCGCUGGCUCCCGGCCUCUUGAGCGAGAUGAGCACGCAACCCUAGAGUCGGACACGACUGGCCCAUACGGGCAGGGGUACCUUUACCUUUACCUUUAACAGACCGACUGGGGACAUAGCCUUUAAAAAUUCCUCCCAUGCAUAAAUGCCCUUUUCAGUAGUCUCCCAUCUCCACAGUGUGUUUUCCUUCUCUAGACUAUGAGAAAGUGCAUUUGUGGACAAACUGCCUCCAUUAGCCACUCGCACAGCUAAAAGUAAACACACACAUGCACUUUGGCAGAGCCUAGACUCUCUGCAUAGUCUUCUGUGACAAGCUAUACUACUGUUGUGUGCCUGAAAUAUCAGAAGUAUUAUUCUACAACUGUUUGAUUUUAGGUGCCAACAUUGUUCAGUCCAGAACUACUAGAAGCUACCACCAUGAUGGAGGAAAAUACUUCUGGAUGUCCUUCGUUAUGCUUCCUUUUGUGAGGUCUCCAGAUGUAAUUCUUGAGGUAGAAAUCAACUUUCAAGAAAGUAUUCAUGUUUUCUUAUUUUGGAUAUUUUCUUUCUAUACUACUUUUUCCACUUAUGUACCGGUAACCAUUUUAUUCCUUUUCAGUAUUUUCUGUCCAAAACCUUUGUCACUGCUUAUGCCUGGCAGGCCAAUGCUCUUGUAAAAUCCUAAUGAGCGUUUCUUAAAUUCUCUGGGAUUUAGGAAUGAUUAAUUUGAAAAUUGCCUCGAGUCACAACUUUUUCAGGGUUCAUCUUGCCUUUUAGUGAUCAAAACAGAAUACUGUACAGUGUGAGCUGUGCAAUUUUGUAGACAAGCUGAGAAAUGAGUCAUGAGUACGACAGUAGGGAAGAAAAAGGACAAUGGGAGCUAUAAGAUAAAUGUCAGAGCAUGAAGUCAAAUAAAAGAUUGAUGGUAAAAGAAAAUUAAUGGUGGGGUGUUUUCUCUGGAUAUUUAAUUUUUAAAGUCAUGCACAUAUUGAAUGCAUGUAAAUGGGGGGUUCCGUGUACUGCAGAACAUUGGGCUAGUGUACAGAAACAUAAAAAUCCGUUUAGAAGCAAUAUAGAAUGACUCAAGCACCAUUUAAAGAACUGUAUAGGCCUGCUGGUAUAAAAAAAAGUAUUCAAGAGACAUUUGAAAGUCAAAUGCAAGGAAGCCCAGUGAAUUUCUGCUGCAGGAGUGUUCCACAGCAUUGGGGCAGCGAUGCUUAAUGUCUGACUUUUGACUGUUUGCUGGCUUUUUCAAUGGUGUUUCAAAUAUACAUGAUUUCACUUAAACACACAGUGCCUUGGAACGUAACCUGAAGUAAAUUGCCUGUAAUGUCAAUUUUAACUACAUGGACCAGUUUAAAUUCAUUUGCUUUGGCUGAAUUAUAGCACCUAUAACCUCAGCCACAUAAUAUAUAACCCAUUCAGAAUUUCUCUGCUCUCUUGCAGCCCAAUUACCACCCUGGAAACUGCUGGUCUUUCCCUGGGAAUCAAGGUGAAGUGGUUGUCAGGCUAGCCAAGGAAAUUAUUCCAAAAUCUGUUACAAUAGAGCAUAUUUCUAAGAAGGUCUCCCCAACAGGAGAGAUUUCUAGUGCUCCCAAAGACUUUGCCAUUUAUGUAAGUGUAAUAUUCCAGUUUUCAGAUUUGAGUUAGGGAAUGAGUAUUUUUCAAAGCAAAUUAUGAAAUUAUUAUAACAUGCAACUUGGAUUUUUUCUCUUUAACAUUUCUCUAUAACAUUUAAACAGUAGUAUUUUUAAUUGUAUUGAUAACUUAAAGAAAUUAGCUGAAAUAAUUUCCCAAUGCUUUGAACAUCUUAUGUGCAUGCAGCUACAGUUCAGGGAUCCUGAACAUUCUUGCUAACCCAUUAACAGCAGAAGCAUACGUAUCAACAGUAAAUCCUAGAUCUACUUACCUGGGCGUUGGUAGGCCUUACUUCUGAGUAAACAUGCUGUAACUGGUUUGUGCCAGUUAUGGGGAACUUUUGGCCCUCCAGAUGUUGCUGCUUUUCAAAUCACAUCAGCCCUAGCAAGUGUGGCCGAUAUGUGGGCUGCUAGCUAGCAUAGUUGUCAUUGGAAACUGUGCAUUUGUUUUCUGAUCUAACCUAUUUCUUGAGUGCUGAUGAUAUGCUUUUUACUGUCCCCCCUCAAGGGACUAAAAGAGGAAAAGGAGGAGCUGGGAACUUUCCUAGGCCAGUUUCUUUAUGACACUGAAGGAGAUUUAAUCCAAACAUUCCAACUGAAGGUAUGUUGAAUAUGACGGGAAAUCGCCACAAAAUUCUAAUAAAUGCAGUUGUUAGCUAGUUGGGUAAUUAAUACUCUUGGCCCAAGUGAUCUGUGUGUCUUUUGAUCACCAAUACCUUGUGGGUAAAAGUCAGAAAAACAGAAGUCUGUUUCUGGAAGUCUGGCUAUAUGAUUAUCUUAUAUUUUAUGUCAGGGAAAACUUAACUGAUGGAUAAUUUCAUUCAGCUGCACCAAUAGGGCAAGGAUUAAAAUGCUUACUUUCUUUACUUUCAGAAUGAAUCGUCUGAAUCUAUGAGUUACGUGAAACUGAAAGUGCUGAGCAAUUGGGGCCACCCGAACUACACCUGCAUUUAUCGCUUCAGGGUGCAUGGAAAUCUGCAGUACAUCUAGAUGCUCUGCGAAGGGUGUAGAAAUAAGGCCAAAGCCUCAUAGUGCUGAACUGAAGAGAAUUUGCUGCGCUGCUUUUUCAGUUAUAAAAGAAAUAUGCAACAACAGUUAA